AUGACCCGCUUGGACUUGGUUUCCGUGGUGGCUUCAUCUUUCUUCUCUGAUUUCGGCCUUAUGUGGUACCUGGAAGAGCUCAAAAACGACGAGUUCAAAAAAUUCAAGGAUUUCUUCAGGAAAGAGUCUCUGGAACUUGGACUCAAGCAAAUACCCUGGGGGAAAAUUAAGAGGGCAACAUGGAAAAACCUUACAACGCUGUUGAUCAUAAACUAUAAGGAGCAGCAAGCAUGGAAUGUGACCGUCAGUGUCUUUCACAAGCUCAACAGAACGGACCUCUGUGAGAAGGCCGAGCUGGAGAUGACAGGCCGUACAAAGACGCACAAAGCUCGCACAAAAGAGAAAUUCAGCGACGUGUGGUUCAGAGAAUCGCAGACCAGGGUUCACGUUUACCUUGACAGGGGAAACUCCCACAGAGAACAUGAAGGCAUGAAGCUUCUUUCUGCUUCUAGAAGAACUCGGAGACAGCCACGGAUGGUGAUCCUCGCAGGACCGCAAGGUGCUGGGAGGACCUCCUACCUGGUGAAGCUGCCGCUGGCCUGGGCGGAGCGCAGCCCCUUCCGGGGCAGGUUCUCCUACGUCUUCUGCUGCUGUUGCCGGGAGGGGGCGCCCCUCGCAGACACCAGCCUGGGGCUGAUCUCGAGAGGCUGGCCCAGCGGCCCCGCUCCCCUCGGAGACGUCACCUCCCAGCCAGAGAGGCCGCUGUUCGUCGUCGACAGUCCUGAGGAACUGAAGUGUGACCUGCACGCACCUGAGGCAGAGCUGUGCGGCGACGGGCCGGAGCCGCGGCCGGCGCGGCUGGGCCUGAGCAGCUUGCUGAGGAGGAAGGUGCUCCCCGGCUCCCUGCUCGUGGCAGCCGGGCCUGUGCACGCACAGAGAACUAAGCACAGGCUGGGCAACCCAGCAUGCAGACAGCUCCGGGGAGUCAGUGAGGCUGACAGGAGGCUGCAUUUCUGCACUGUAUUUCAAGACGGGAGUAAAGCCUGGCGAGCCUUCAGUUUGGUGAGAGCGAACGAACCGCUGUUUUCCAUGUGCCAAAUCCCCGUCCUUUGCUGGGCUGUGUGCACUUGUCUGAACCGGGGGAGGAAGGGGGGAAACCUGGGACUGGCCCACCAGCAUACCACCUCUGUUUCCGCCUCCUCCGUCUGUAGCUUGCUCACGCCCACGGGCGCGGCUGCAGGCGGCCGGUGGCCCGGCACGCGCGCGUCUGGCGAGGAGGGCCUCAGGAGACGCGGGCUGGCGGAUGCCGACGUCCGUGCGCCGCUGCACACGAGGGCCCGGCGGGGCGGGCCGCGCGGGGAGUGGCGCCGGGCCCUGCACGCCCGCGCCCGGGAGCUCGGCGCCGCCGCCGCCUUCCACCGCCUGCGCGGCCACGGCGGCCGCCGCCCGGCCGCCGCAGGCGCGGAGGCACUGCUGUUUCCCUGUUUAAAGAGAGGAAGCGCACACGGGAGUUUUCUGGGGUGUUUCCUGUUUGGGCUUUUCCGUGAAAAGGAACAAGGAAGGCUGAGUGCGUUUUUUGGCGCCCUCCUGUCCCGGGAGACACAGCAGAAACGCCGCCAGUCCUUGCGGCGCAUGGCUGAGAGCGAGCGUCUCCGCGACAGGCAGACUGCUGGCGUUCUGCUUCUGCCUGUACGAGAUGCGGGUGAAGGCUUUGCACAGCGGGCCACGGCCUUCUUCCGAGACCUUAACUUUUCCAUCAUGAAUGAUGCCGACUUGGCGGUUUCUGCUUACUGCUUAAAACGCUGUUCUGGCUUGAGGACGCUUUGCUUUUCUGUCCCAGAUGUCUUCAAAGAAGAGACUGCAGAAAGCUCCACGCCAAAUUCCAGUUUCAUCCGCUGGCAUCAUGUCUGUUCUGUGCUCACUACAAAUGAGAACCUCAGAGAGCUCCGAGUGAGUGACAGUCACCUCCACAGGGUGGCCUUUGUGAUUCUGUGUAAUCAGCUCAGACAUCCCAGCUGCCACCUUCAAAAGCUUCACCCGCACUUGAGAACCCGGAGCCUCAGCGGCGCAGCGCUGUCCCGGCAAGACGUGAAGCUGCUCUGUGAAGCCUUGCGCGCCACGUGCAGCCUAGAGGAGCUCCCAGGCAAACGUAACCCCCUGUGA